CUCCACCAGCCCCCGAUACCCUCGCUCUGCGCGGAACCGCAUGCGUCCCGGCUCUCCUCUGCCCUCCCGCACCAUCUCCCACGUGGCCGCCCGGGCCUGAGCGUCCCUUGAUGCGGCGGUGCACCUCGUGGGCCCUACACGACCGCGGAUGAUCUCCAUCGAUCCUCCAUCCCAGCCCAUUUCACCAUGAAUGGCUACUAUCCCCUCGACCAGGGCGCCGCAGGCGACGGCAUGAUGGGCAUCAUGGGGCAGGAUGCCUCCGCCUCCAGCAUGAUUGGCGCCCAGUCGCUCGACGACAUUGUCCACCAGAAUGCCAAGGCCAUGCGCCGCCAGAGCGUGCCCAUGCACUACGGCACAAGCCGCGACAUGGACGGUGACAUGCGGCGCGUGUCCAUGAUGGAGUUCAGUGGCGCAUCCCCGGGCCAGCUCGACCAGUUUCAGUUCGACCCCACGACGGCCGCGCCCUCGGUGGAUAGCAUGAUGAGGAUGGGAGACGCGUAUGACCAGCGGGCACCGUCUUUUUCCGGCAGGCGACGCCCUUCCACCGGUGACCUGAACAUAGACACUCGAUAUGCGAACCAGGCCCAGUCGUAUGCGCCCAUGACGCAUCCCCAUUCGGCUUUCGCCUCUCCUCUGGACAUGGCGAACGCGUAUGUUACGUCUGGUAUGCCCAUGCCAAUGGCUAUGGCUGACCCGUCACUGAACGGUCUUUUGCCACCAGAGGCCGCACCUAUGAACAUGUUCUCUGGGGCUCAGUUCACGUCGCCUCUGAUGGGCUCACCUGUCACGGCCGACUUCAACGAUACGCUUCAUAUUGGGCCCUUGCAAGAUCCCGGGAGCGGUCAAGGAAGCAUGGAUAUCAACGUGGGGUCAGACACUGCGAGCCAAAGCGUUACCACCCCAACAGAUAUGCUCGCAUCCAGAGGCGGCAGCCGAGAGCAAAGUGUACAUUCCAACAGACAGCAGAGUUCUAGCAUGUCUCAGGCACCUCUUCAACAAAGCACCACUCCGACGUCGAAUGCGCCAUCGCAGAGCAAAAAUGUUUCAUUUGGGCCUGAACCGCCGCAACGCAAUAUGGGUACAACUCGCGGGCCCAACGGCCAGACUUUCCCCUGGAAGACUCCAGAAGGUGGUUUCCCAUCCACAAUGACCAACCGACCUCACAUGGAAGGGCAGUUCAAAAACGUAUACUCGUCGACCGGCUUCGACAUGCUUGGCGUCCUCAUGCGGGUUGCCACCAGACCCAAUCCCGAAAUCAAUAUCGGUUCCGUAGACCUUUCAUGUGCCUUUGUCGUAUGCGAUGCCGAGAAGGACGAUAACCCUAUCGUCUAUUGCUCCGAAAACUUUGAGCGCCUCACGGGUUACACAAAGCACAUGAUCCUUGGCAGGAACUGUCGUUUCCUUCAGUCUCCUGAUGGGAAGGUCGAAUCAGGCAUCAAAAGAAAGUAUGUUGAUGACGAAUCUGUCCUUUACUUGAAGAACCAGAUCAAUGCCCAGAGAGAAGCUCAAAUUAGCUUGAUCAACUACCGAAGAGGCGGCCAACCGUUCAUGAAUCUUCUCACGAUGAUUCCAAUCACGUGGGAUGAUACCGAGGUUGUCAAGUUUAUAGUAGGAUUUCAGGUUGAUCUUGUCGAGCAGCCAAACUCAGUAACCAACAAAAAUCCAGAUGGUUCCUACAGCAUCAAUUACCAGCGCUCCAUGGGCAUGCCAAAAUAUGUCUUUCAGACGCCCGAAAACACUCACAGUAUGGAUAUGGGUCAAACAAUAUCUCACAACGAUGUGUCCAACUUGCUGGAAACGUUCGUCAGCGGCGAAAGCGACGCAACGAAGCGAAUGUGGGAUAAGGCUCUGCUGGAAAACACCGACGACGUCAUUCAUGUUUUGUCCCUGAAAGGCUUGUUCCUGUACUCAUCCCCGUCAGCGGCAAAGGUUCUGGAGUACGAGGCUUCCGAGCUUGUUGGCACAGCGUUGUCCUCUGUCUGCCAUCCAUCCGACAUCGUCCCUGUCACUCGAGAAUUGAAGGAUACCUCCACAGGCUCCACCGUCAACAUCGUGUUCCGGAUCAGGCGCAAGCACAGCGGAUACAUGUGGUUUGAGGGCCACGGAUCUUUGCAUACCGAGCAAGGAAAGGGCAGAAAAUGCAUCAUUCUUGUAGGCAGGGAAAGACCUGUGUACGCGCUGAGCAAAAAGGCCAUCGAUGAGCAGGGCGGAAUUGGCGAGAAUGAAUUGUGGUCGAAAAUGUCGACUUCUGGCAUGUUCUUAUACGUUUCGUCACAUGUCAGGUCCCUCCUUGAUCGACAACCCGAAGAUUUGGUCGGAACGAGCAUUCAACAACUUAUGCGGUUGGACUCGCGUUCAGAAUUCUUCCGCAUCCUCGAGAUUGCACGCACGGGCCGGGCCGCAUCCGUCAAGCAUGAGAUGAUCAACAAGCGUGGACAAGUGCUCCAGGCAUUUACAACCCUUUACCCGGGAGAUGCAGUUCCGGAUUUAAAACCAACAUUCUUGAUCGCACAGACUAGAUUGGUCAAGUUCGCACGGGGCAGCACCUCCAGCAAUGUACGGCCAACCCUUCAGAAGCAUGACCGCGACUCUGGGAGCUCGAUUCAAUCUUUAGGAUCCACAAACACUGGUGCCAACACGGUUGUUAGCGCUAGCACCAAUCUAACAAGUGGCAUGCUGGAGGCGGGUUUGCAUCCUUCCCAAUACAUAUCGACGGAGAAUGCCGCUGUUACACAUGCUGGGCAACAGGGACUCCGGCUUGGCCAUCAGGAUGCUAGCUUGGCGGCUGAAGAUAACAUUUUCGACGAGUUGAAGACGACGAGAAGCACGAGCUGGCAAUAUGAGCUCCGGCAAAUGGAGAAGCGUAACAGGCUGCUGGCCGAGGAAGUGCAAAGUUUGCUGGCGGCUAAAAAGAAGAGGAAGCGAAGGAAGGGAGCCGGUCAGUUGCAAAAGGAUUGCGCCAACUGUCAUACACGGGUGACGCCAGAAUGGCGAAGAGGACCCAGUGGAAACAGGGAUCUUUGCAACAGUUGUGGGCUACGUUGGGCCAAGCAAAAUGGGCGUGUUUCCCCACGAACAACAUCUCAACAUUCCGUCCACUCGGCGGGGAGCGACAAAGCCAGCAAGGCGGGAUCUCCACUCACUCAGUCAAUGCUUCCUCACCAUACCGACGCCGGCGGUGAGACGAGUAUUCCGUCGACGGUAGAAAACCAGCCAGCAACACCCGGAGGCCAGGGUACCAGGGCCAUACGGUCAGAGGUCGCAGCUUCACAGGGUGUCGACAUGCGAUCUCGGAACGACGAAGGCAGGAAGUAGGAAUUUCUGCAAAGCUGACCUUGAUGGUCUUCAGUCUCCUUGCGCCGAGAGAGACGGCACUUUUACCGGGCGAUGGAUCUUUCGGCCACGUCCGAGUUCGGGAUACUAUGCUCCUCUCCUUAGCACGGUCGGUCGUUCGGCUCAAGUUUGAGCCAUUGUCUAUUGAGGCCUGGCAUGGCCUCCGUGAUACCCAUGCUGCACUGCCUUAGAAGGGAGGACAUUACUGCUGUUUGCGCGCGAAGUCUACUUCUUACUUGACGCUUAGUACAUACAUAACUUUUUGGGAGAGCGGGGCGAGGCGUUUGGAGGGCCGCCCACAUGAUAGGGAGGGGCAAUUAUGGGGUGACGAGACGAUUACGAACAGCAUACAUGGCUUGGUGUUUGAUUAUGGACGGACAUGGCAACGGGUAUAAGCUUCUUUCUUGUACAUUGUUUAUAUAUAUACACGACGCAAUCGACAGGUCUCGGCUGGAAG